CUUUCGCAUCGCUCUCCCGUACAGCUUCACCUUGUGCAAAGUGCGCUGAAUUGCACAGUGACACCAUCUGCAGCAAGUUGAUGUUGUAGGUCUUUGGAGGUGGUCUGUGGGCUGUUUUUGACCAUUCUAAACAUCUUUCACCUUUGCUUCACCAAUAUUUUACGUGGCCUGCCACUUCUGGCCUUAACAAGAACUGUGCCUGUGGUUUUCCAUUUCCUCACUAUGUUCCUCACACUGACCGCUUAUAUCUCUGCAAUAACUUUUUGUAGAUCAAAAUGAAAUUGCUAAUCCAAACACCCAAAUAUUUAUCAUUUAAAAAAUCAUGGAAAUUGUCAGGUGUUCCUAAACUUUUGCAUAUGACUGUAUAUUUACUUUGUUACCUUUUUAUGGAAAAGUGCGCUAAAGGCUCUCUCUCUCUCUCUCUCUCUCUCUCUCUCUCUCUCUCUCUCUCUCUCUCUGUGCGUGCACGUGUGCGUGUGAGCGCGCGCGCGCGUGUGUGUUAAAGGACCAGUCCUGCACAGUGCUGAAACUUCAAAAGCAGGUCGUCUCUCCAUCGCCAUUAAGCAAGCGAGUGGCUGCUGUUCCUCCGUUUGAUAAAAGAACAUCUGCACAUCAGCUGGAAACCAAGCAAAAACAAAACACGAGCACUGUGUGAGGCUGUGGGUUUACAGUGCUUUGACACUUUGGACUCGACAAGAGCUCAGGCUGUGGAUUUACAGUCCUUUGGCACUUUGGACUCGAAAACACCCGAAGUCCUUCAUCUUAAGCCGGGACAAGAUCUCAGGCUGUGGAUUUGGGAGAAUAUGAGUCUCUCUCAUCAGUACCGUGCUGUUCUCUUUCUGUCACUGUUGGCUUUACAUAGCUGUAAUGACGGGAUGCAGGAAUCCUUUCUGAACCUUCAAAGCGUUUAAGUGAAGUCACCAACAUUUUUUUUUUUAAACCACUAUCAUGGGGUUCAACUAAAUUCUUCAUGAGAUCACCGGAGCAACAGCCAAGACAUCUCAAGGGGCUGCAUAGACAAGCAGAGGGUGAUUGGUGUGCUUCGCCAGAUGGAGAAAUUUUUAAAGGGACAGGAGAUCAGGUUUACAGAAGGUCUUCGUAUAAUGAAAUCCAAACUUACCAACCUUCAGAACUCUGUGUCCAAGUUUCCACAAGCAGACCAAUCUUCACCCCUGCAGAAAUAUACAGCUCUGGGACCAGCUUUUUUGUUUCGCCUAAAAAUACAGAGAAAACAGCCUCAUCCAUGUGUCCUGCUCUAGCAGCCCCAACACACGGGAAGAAAUUUGGCUCCAAGUACCUUGUUGGACAUGAAGUGCACUUCAUGUGUUCUUCAGGUUAUCAUUUGGUGGGCUCGGCAACCCGAGUGUGCCAGGAAAACGGCAGCUGGAGCGGAGCUGGUGCACACUGUAAAGUAGCAGGUUAUAGUCAUUGUGCCAGUAACCCAUGCUUGAAUGGUGGCACUUGCACUGAGGGGGUCAACCAGUACAAGUGUUCAUGUCCUCACAACUGGAGCGGGAGCCGCUGUCAACAGCAGACUCAAACAGCCCCUCCGGAGUGGAGCGUAGUGAAUAAUCCGGAAUUUAGUCGCAAACCUCGCUGCACUAAAGUGGACCAAGCUCAGCACUGCAGUUGUGAAGCAGGCUUUCAUAUGAGCGGCACCUCUCACAGCAGCAUCUGCCAGGAUGUGAACGAGUGCGAGGUUUACAAAAUGGACAGCGGAUUACUGUGUGCUCACAUGUGUGUGAACAUUCCAGGCUCGUACCGCUGCUCCUGCCCCAGUGGCUACAAGCUUCUUGCGAACAGCAGGAGCUGUGAGGAUGUGGACGAGUGUCUUACCCAACAGCAUAACUGCAGCCGUGGCACCACCUGUGUCAACACCGGAGGAGGCUUCCGGUGUGUAAAUCCCGAGUGCCCACACUUGCACGGAAAUAUCAGCUACGUCAAGACGUCACCUCUUCAAUGUGAGAGGAACCCCUGCUCCAUGACAAGCCGCACCUGUCAUCUGGCUGCAAAAACAGUUUCUUAUCAUUACCUUUCUUUGCCUUCAAACCUCCCAACCCCAGCUACGUUGUUCCGUAUGGCCACAGCGACUGCUCCUGGCAGACCAGGACCUGACAGCCUGCGAUUCAGCAUUGUGGAGGGAGGAGAAGCUCGAGGUAUGUUUCUCAUGCAGCGAUCAGACCGGCAGACCGGCGAGCUGAUCCUUGUCCAGCCACUGCUCGGGCCACAGGAGCUCAGCGUGGACGUGGAAAUGGCUGAGUACUUGGAUCGCACCUUCCAGGCCAAACACCUCGCCCGGGUCCAUGUGAUCAUAUCUCCUUAUAAAUUCUGAUGAGGAGGAAGCAGUUCUACAGGCGAGCUUUUGACCUUUCAGUUCUGUUUUGAAACUGGAUUGAUGCUAGUACGAGGAUUUUUUAUCUAAACUGAAACGUGAUGACCCAAAACAAUUAAUCUUUUUACAUAAGAACCUGUCACUGUACUUUCAACUGGCUUUAAAAACCAAGCAGUAAAACUUUAAAAUGUCCAACUAAAAAAAAAAUCUCAGUUCUCAAAUUUUUUUACCUGUUAUCUGUGUAUCAGUUUGUCAGUUAUUUUUAUAUUUUUUUAGGUUUUCUUCAGAAUAAUUUGGAACUUUGAUCAUGAUCAUUUUUUUUAAUAAAAAGAAGUAACAUAUAAACAGGCCAGUGUCAACCUACUUGAUUUUAAUUAUGUACUGUAUGUUACUCGACAGUCCUUACUGAGCACUUUAUUAGGAACACGAUACUAGUACAGUGUAGUCCUUUGGGCUCAGCUUCGGUUCUUCAUGGCAUGGAUUCCACAAGAUGUUUGAUAUUCAUCUCCAUGUUGACAUGACUACAUCAGGGAAUUUCUGUAGAUAUUUCAGGUGCACUUUCAUGAUGUGAAUCUCCCAUUCUACCACAUCCCAAAGGUGUUCUACUGGAUUAAGAUUCGGUGAGUGAAGAACACUGAACUCAUUGUCAUGUUCAUGAAUCCAGUCUGAGACUCCUGCUUUAAGACAUGGUGCAUUAUCAUGCUGGAAGCAACUAUCAGAACACGUUAAAUUGAUGGCAUGAAGAGAUCCAUUAAUGGGCCCAAAAGUGUGCCAAGACACUGUACCGAAACAUCAGACAGGUUGGCUCCAUGGAUUCAUGCUGUGGGCAACACCUUCUGACUCUAUCAUCUGUGAACCUCAGCAGAAAUCCAGAUUCAUCAGUUCUUGGCUGACAGAAGUGAAGUCCAACAUGAUCUUCUUCUGUUGUAGCACAUCUGCCUCAAGGUUCAGUGUGUUGAAAUGCUUUUCUACUCACCACAAUUGUACGAAGGAGUUAUCUGAGUUAUUGUAGCACUUCUGUCUUCUCAAACCUCUAUGAACAUUCUCUUCUGAUCUCUCUUAUCAACAAGGAGAUCCUAUCUGCAGAACUGCCACUGACUAAAUGUUUUUUCUUUACUGCACCAUUUUGAGUAAACUCUAGACAGUGCUUUAUGUUAGAAUCACAGGAGAUCAGCACUUAUAUAAAUACUCAGAUAUGUCUGUCUGGCACUAACAUCAUGCCAUGGUAAAAAUCACUAAGAUCAGAUUUUUCCCUCAUUCUAAGAUUGAUGUCAACAUUACCCCAAACUGCUGGCCUGUAUCUAAUGAUUUGACACAUGAAGAUUGGCUGCUUAGAUGAAUGCAUGAAUGGUGCAGUGAACGUUCAGCUCUUCCUAAUAAAAUGCUCAGUGAGUGCAGGCUAUUCAGUAAAAACAGCACUCAAUGGACUGGAAAAUGUAUCCUGAAUGAAAAGAUUCUUUUAUUCAAUUGUUGUUCCACUAAUCCUGAUUAAGUGGUUAAGUGUCUGGACAUGUAGUAUAUACAUAACCACCUUUCUGUAUCUAUGCAUAAUAAGCUGGGUAUCUUUAAAUAAAUUAAUCUUCUUUCAUGCA